GCUGAGUGUUGUUCAGACCACCUCCACUGCUGCUUUGAGGCGACUGUUUGUGAUCUGGUUCACUCAAAGUGUGUUAAUAAGACAGUUUCUCUGCCCUGGAUGAGACGACUUCCUGCCAAACAGGCCCUACUCGUCCCUCGGGUAGCUGUAACAAAGAUCGAGGAGGGGGUGAAAGCCAUCACUUGUCCGGACGAGGUGUCUGAAUGUCCCGAUGACACCACGUGCUGCCAGCUUCCCGACGACUCCUGGGGCUGCUGUCCGUUAGCUAAGGCGGUGUGUUGUGAGGAUAAACGCCACUGUUGCCCUGAGAACACAAAGUGUGAUAUUGCUCACUCAAAGUGUCAGUCUUCCUCACUGGAGUCCUUCCCCAUGCUAGAGAAACUGCCCGCCAGGAGGAGGAAGAAUAAUCCAGCUCCUGUGGCCGAUGCAGUGACAUGUCCUGAUGGAAAAAGCAGCUGCCCAGAAAGUUAUACGUGUUGCCAGCUUCCCUCCGGAGACUACGGCUGCUGCCCCUACCCACAGGCGAGUUGCUGCAGCGAUCAUCUCCACUGUUGCCCUAGCAACACAAUAUGUGACCUGGAGCAUGGGGUCUGCCAGUCUGGUGAGACGAGCGUUCCCAUGCUGAAGAAGAUUGCUGCUGUACCUAAGGACGUUCCAUGUGAAGACCAGAUGUCGUCUUGUCCUGACCAGACCACAUGCUGCAUGGUGACCAACGGCACAUAUGGCUGCUGUCCUAUGCCUGAUGCUGUCUGCUGCGCAGAUCACAUCCACUGUUGUCCUGAAGGCACUGCCUGUGACCUGGUCCACAGCGCCUGUGUGGAGGCCUGGGGAGAGAGCACCCUGUCCCUGAAGAUCACCGCUGCUGGGACACCGCUGGUGGAAGUCCAGAGCAAAGUCGGUGCUGUUCCCUGCAACAGCUCUGUGGCCUGCGCUGAGGGGUCCACCUGCUGCAAAUCGUCAGAGGGAGGAUGGGCCUGUUGUCCGUUACCUAAGGCCACGUGCUGUGAGGACCACCUGCACUGCUGUCCCCACGGCACCGUCUGUAACCUGGCAGCCUCCACGUGUGACGACCCGUCUGGCGGCACCCUGAUGCCCUGGCUCAGCAAACUGCCCGUCUUCCCCUUAGUGAGCGACAACAGCAAAUGUGACAAGUCAACAUCAUGUCCUGGAAAAUCCACUUGCUGCAAGACGGAGGCUGGAGGCUGGGCCUGCUGCCCGCUGACGGAGGCCACGUGCUGUGAGGACCACCUCCACUGCUGCCCUCACGGCACAGUCUGCAACCUGGAGGCUGAAACCUGCGACGGCCCUGCGGGGGCCGCACCCCCCCUCCACUGGGUGGAGAGGGUCCCGGCUCUGACCUCUGAGGUUGAGGCGGAGAAAUGUGACAAGCAGACCAUGUGUCCAGGAGGCACCACCUGCUGUAAGAACUACUCCGGGCAGUGGGCCUGCUGCCCCUUACCUCAGGCCGUGUGCUGUAACGAUCAUGAGCACUGCUGCCCUAAAGGCUACAAAUGUAACGUGGCAGAGCAGACGUGUGAUAAGCCCGGCGCCCUCAACCUGCCCUGGCUGCAGAAGACCCCCGCCCUGCAGAGGGAGCCCAGCCGGGCCGUUUCCGGUUCAUCUCCGUCCGCCAGGAACAUGUGUGACGCUCAGACCAGCUGCCCCAAAGACACCACCUGCUGCUUCAUGGACCGGACAGACAAGUGGGGCUGCUGCCCUCUGCCGCAGGCGGUUUGCUGUGCGGACCAGGAGCACUGCUGUCCUCAGGGCUACUCCUGCAACAUGCAGACUGGAACAUGUGAGAAGAAGAACCACAACGUGCUCAUCCUCACCCUCCCUCAGAGCAAAGUGGUACAGUCCGAGCCCAGACACCCAGAGGACGACGCAAACGUACCAUGUGACAGCACGGGGGAGUUCCACUGCCCAAAGCAGGACACGUGCUGUAAAGUGUCCAACUCAGCGUGGGCCUGCUGCCCCUCAGCCAGGGCGGAGUGCUGCGCUGACUCCAAGCACUGCUGUCCUGCGGGUUUCUUGUGUGACCUGAAGGAUGGAGGCUGCGUCCCCCACACCCAGCUGACCUGGGACUUUUUGAUCAGGAACAGAAAGAAAGACUUUGUUCCACAUGGACUUUAAUGCCACACAAAGGCGCACUGAUCUUCUUCAUCUACUGCUCAUGCUGUCAUGGGCAACACUUCCUGUUUUCUUAUUCAAUUAGGUGUAUUUAUUACCAACUGUGUGCACUCCCGGGUUUUUUUUUUUUUGUGUGGGUGCGGAAAUUUUAAAAUGAAGUAGAAGUGGGGAGUCCUUUUAAUGUUUUUCACCCGGCAGAAAACAUUCACUUUCUGGAAUUCAACAUUUUAAUGUGACUAUAACAACAAGCAACGUGAGGCUUCACUGUCUCUUUUAAGGAUAAUGUUGCUGUUAUUCUGUAUUUAUCUUAUUGUCAGAAAAUCCCAUGCAAAGAUCAAAAACAACAACAUGUUAAUCCGUCUCAACUGAUUUCUACUGAAAGGGAUUCAGAAAAUUUAAAAAAUAGUUUCAGAUGCCAGGAAGAUAAAGUUGGACAUGCUGUUUUUAUUUGACUGUUUAGAAACGUACCUUUUUACAUUCUGAUCCAGCUGUGAUUCCUCACAUAAACAAGCCUUGAUUUUGUUUAGAAAAUGUCUAGCUAGUGAAAACAUGCCACUUUCUUUUUGUACUAAUUAAAUAAAAUACAGAUGGAUAAAGGUUA